UCGGAAGAAGAAAUAAUUGAAAGGCGGUUGCAAUUCAAUGCCCAUAUCUCACAUGAUCACUUUCUUGUUGUCCACUCCCCUUAUCUCGUUUAUCACCAAUGAUCAACCUCUCUCUUUCUUUUUCCAUUGAGAAGAAGCCGCCAUGGAUCAACGAGCAUCCCAAGAACUUGAUCGACCCUUGCCUCUCUUGUCGCGGUUGAUCCGUUUGGAACUUUUGAUGGAAUGUUCUACGCCGAGUGAGUUGGCUUCUACGACCAAGGAUGACGAGUGCAAGGACAUAUCUUUGGCUCUUGAAGAAGUAGAGCAUAGAGGAUCAAUUGCGCAUAGACUCACCAUGCUCGAGAAAAGGCUCUUUAAGAUGAGAUUGGAGCUGGAAGAAACGUGCAACGCCAAGUUAAAAACAUCGGAUCUCGGAAAAAUGGAGAAUGGAGGAAGGCAUUUGGAAAGCAAGAAAGAUGGCCCAUUCGAGAGAAAAUAUCAAGUGGAGAUCCCAAGAGAGGAAAACCAGCAAGAGGGAGGGUGGAAAAGGAAUGUGAAGUCAAGUGGUAAAAGAAGAUGGUUCAUCUGCACUUAGGGAUGGAUGUGGAUGAUGAUCAUCAUCAUGUCAUUUUCUCCCCCACAAAAAUUGUGUUUUUCUUUUCACUAACUAAAUAAUGGAGCUUAAUGAUGUUGGAUUCGAGUAACACUCUUUUUUUUUUGGUAUGGCCUCUAUGUUUUGCUAUUAAUAGAAAUUUCACUUUCUGUAGCACCAAUGGCACAUAAUCGAGUAAUAUAGUACGUACAUGUAAGCAUCACCAUCUCUUUUGCAGAUUGUUUUAGUGAUACAGCUUUACAUAUAUA